CUUAAAGCCUUUGAUGAUGCAAUUGCGGAUGGAGUUGAUAUCAUCUCAGUUUCCUUGGGAUCGGAUUGGCCUGAUGAUUAUUUUGAUGACCCUAUUGCCAUCGGAUCUUUCCACGCCAUGAGGAACGGAAUUUUGACCUCAAAUUCAGCAGGGAACUCUGGUCCUUUCCCUGUAACUGUUUCCAACUAUGCACCUUGGUCCCUGACAGUUGCUGCCAGCACCAUCGACAGAAAGUUUGUCGCAAGAAUGCAACUUGGAAAUGGUCAAAUGUUCACUGGAAUCACCAUCAACACCUUUGAUCUCAAUGGGACUUCAUAUCCGUUAAUAUGGGGAGGAGAUGCCGCAAACUAUACCAUUGGCUCCAGUCCAGAUAUUGCCAAAUAUUGUAUAACUGGUGCUAUGAAUGCUGACAUAGUGGCUGGAAAAAUUGUUUUCUGUGAGGCCUUAUGGGAUGGUUCGGGAAUUCUGCUUGCUAAUGGUGUUGGCACCAUCAUGGCGGAUGUGCUUGUCGAGAAUCCUGAUGUUGCCUUCAGUUGGCCACUACCAGCAACAUUGAUCAGCCCUGAAGACGGAAAAAGUGUCCUGGAAUACAUCAGAAGCACAGAAAAUCCCACGGCAACCAUUUUUUACAGCGAUGAAUGGAAAGACGCCAUGGCUCCAAUUGUCGUUUCGUUUUCUUCCAGAGGACCAAGUCCCAUAUCCCCAGACAUUCUCAAGCCUGAUAUCACAGCCCCUGGUGUGGAUAUUCUUGCUGGCUGGUCCCCAUUGUCACCGUCCUCUGUCUACUAUGAUGACGAAAGGAGCACACUCUUCAACAUCAUUUCAGGCACGUCCAUGUCUUGUCCUCAUGCCAGUGGUGCUGCUGCCUUUGUCAAAUCUCUUCACCCGAACUGGUCUCCUGCUGCCAUUAAAUCAGCCCUCAUGACUACAGCUUAUGUCAUGGACCCGAGGAAACACGAAGAUCUUGAAUUCGCUUAUGGUUCUGGUCAAAUCAAUCCAACUGCUGCAAGGGACCCUGGGCUAGUAUUCGAUGCAUCCGAAACAGAUUACAUAAACUUCCUCUGCAAACAGGGCUACAACACUUCCACUCUCAGGCUAGUCACAGGAGACAACAGCACUUGUGCCAGCACAACACCUGGACGAGCCUGGGAUCUUAACUACCCAUCAUUCUCCCUGUACGUUGAAGACGGCCAGCCAAUUACGGGCACCUUCACCCGUACAGUGACCAAUGUCGGUGCAGCAAACUCAACCUACAAGGCCAGCUUGUACAUGCCAGCCUUGAUCAGUGUUACAGUAGAACCAUCUGUUCUCACAUUCUCAGCCAUUGGAGAAACCCAAACUUUCACC